AGCAAACAUAAAUGAAGAUGAGAGUGGAAACCGCACUUGUGAUUCUCUCAGUCCUCAUAUCAAUUCAGCUAUCUUAUGGAGGUGCUAGCAACUGGACGUGCACGUGCUUCUCUUCAGGCAAUAAAAGUGAUAUCUUGGAAUCUAAGUGUUCCACAUCAUGUAAUUGCAGACCAGAGAGAGACCAAUGGGUAUGCUUGUGUCCGGCGAAUGGAUUUCCAGUAAUAGCCGUUACCGGUUCCAACUCUUCAUGCUUCACUGCUUGCAACUGCUCUGCUGGACCUUUAAAGAAGCAAUCUAUAUCAAGGAAACUCGUUCUCGUUACACUAAUCUUCUGCGUUGUAGUUACUUCAAUAGCAUUCCUUGCCUCUAUGUUUUGCUACAUUUAUAGAAGGAGCAAUAUAUCUGGACAAAGCCCUUCAGUCUCUUCAGACAGAGAAUCUAGCUGGCAUAGCUCUGCCAACUUAAUAGCCCGUAAAAGUUCCAUCUCACAACCCAAGAUCAGCUUCAGCUCCUCACUCUCAGGAUGUUUCUUUCAGAAUGCUUCUUUGUUUUGCGUGAGUAAACCUGAAACAAUCCACGGAAUGAUCUUUCAGUUCUCAUACGCAGAACUAGAGCAAGCAACCAAUAAGUUCGCCAGCAACAACGUUAUAGGACAUGGAGGAAGUAGCUGUGUUUACCGUGGACAGCUCAGAGAUGGUAAAACCGCUGCAAUCAAACGUUUAAAUACUCCUAAAGGAAACGACAACGACACUCUAUUCUCAACAGAAGUAGAGUUAUUAUCGAGACUUCAUCAUUACCAUGUGGUUCCAUUGAUUGGAUAUUGUUCGGAGUUUCAUGGCAAGCAUGCAGAGAGGCUUCUGGUUUUUGAGUACAUGUCUUAUGGAAAUCUGAGAGACUGCUUAGAUGGAGAGUUGGGGGAGAAAAUGACGUGGAACAUCAGAAUCUCUCUCGCUCUUGGAGCUGCAAGAGGGCUCGAGUAUCUACACGAAGCUGCUGCUCCAAAAAUCUUGCACCGAGAUGUUAAAUCCACUAACAUUCUCCUUGAUGAAAAUUGGCAUGCAAAAAUAACAGAUCUUGGGAUGGCCAAGUGUUUGAGUAGCGACGGAUUACAAAGUGGUUCAAGCUCUCCAACAAUGGGACUGCAAGGAACGUUUGGCUACUUCGCACCAGAGUACGCAAUUGCAGGAUGUGCUUCACCUAUGUCAGAUGUUUUCAGCUUCGGUGUUGUUCUUCUUGAGCUUAUAACAGGAAGAAAACCGAUACAGAAACCAAGCAACAACAAAGGAGAAGAAAGUCUUGUCAUUUGGGCUAUGCCGCGUUUACAAGACAGUAAGCGAGUGAUUGAGGAGCUUCCUGAUCCAAGACUUAACGGGAAGUUUUCUGAAGAAGAGAUGCAGAUAAUGGCAUAUCUUGCUAAAGAGUGUUUGCUUCUAGAACCAGAGGCUAGGCCAACAAUGAGAGAAGUUGUUCAGAUUCUUUCUACCAUCAUGCCAGAUACUUCCAGACGUAGAAACUUCCCCAUCAAUCAUCUCUUUCCGGGUAAUGAUAAGAAGAAAGAAAGCAAAGUAGGAUGGUCAAGAGGUGGGAGCAGGAGUGCACAUGAAGAGGAACCAGUGGAUCUGACUGAGCCACGGUUCGAGUCCUUCUGCUUACCGAAUGUGAAACCGGUCUUGCUUGAACCAUCUGCACAUAUUUAAAAGUUAGAUAGAAAACACACAGAACAAAAAGAACACUGAGCCAUCUCACAUGUGUGUAGAUAAUAGCUCACUCUGGGCAACGGUAAAGCAUUUAGGCUUUAGUGUUUAUACUCGUGUGUGUCAAGAUUUGUUUUAAAAUGUGACUUUUAAUUUAUGAUCUAAUAAAAUAUAUUAACGAAGCUACAAUAUGCAAAGCAUUGUUAGUUUC